UCCAAGGUGGGUGAGGACUGGGUCUUUCUCAUCCUCCUGGGGCUGGUAAUGGCACUGGUCAGCUGGGCCAUGGACUUUGCAAUCGCCACCUGCCUCCAAGCCCAGAAGUGGAUGUAUGGGGGCCUGGACUCCAACGUGCUGCUGCAGUACCUGGCCUGGGUCACCUACCCCACCGUACUCAUCACCUUCUCAGCCGGCUUCACCCAAAUCCUCGCCCCCCAGGCCGUGGGCUCGGGGAUCCCCGAAAUGAAGACCAUCCUGCGGGGCGUGGUACUGAAGGAGUACCUCACCCUCAAGACCUUCGUGGCCAAGGUGAUUGGGCUGACAUGCGCCCUGGGCAGCGGCAUGCCCCUGGGCAAGGAGGGUCCCUUCGUCCACAUCGCCAGCAUGUGCGCAGCCCUGCUCAGCCGCUUCCUCUCCCUCUUCGGGGGUAUCUACGAGAACGAGGCGAGGAACAUUGAAAUGCUGGCAGGUGUCGGCUGCUGCUUCGCUGCCCCCAUUGGAGGCGUCCUCUUCAGCAUCGAGACGAUCACGGCGCUGUUCAAGACCCGCUUCCGCCUUGACUUCCCCUUCGACCUGCAGGAGCUGCCCGCCUUUGCUGUCAUCGGGAUCGCCAGCGGUUUCGGGGGUGCGCUCUUUGUCUACCUCAACCGCAAGAUCGUGCAGUUCAUGCGCCGCCAGAAGACCAUCAACCGCUUCCUCAUGAAGAAGCGCCUGCUCUUCCCUGCCCUGGUGACACUGCUCCUCUCCACGCUGACCUUCCCGCCCGGCUUCGGACAGUUCAUGGCUGGCCAGCUCACCCAGAAAGACACUUUGGUGACCCUCUUUGACAACCAGACGUGGGCCAAGCAGGGGCUCAGUGAUGAGUUUGAGUACUUGGGCAUCCUGGAGGCCUGGCGUCACCCCCGCUCCAAUGUCUUCGUCACCCUUGUUGUCUUCAUCCUCAUGAAGUUCUGGAUGUCAGCCCUGGCCACCACCAUCCCGGUGCCCUGCGGAGCUUUCAUGCCCGUCUUCGUCAUUGGGGCAGCUUUUGGACGCCUGGUGGGGGNGGGGACAUCUCCAGGAGGUCCCAAGGGCUUCAGGUGUGGUGGAGGUGGUGGGGACCCAGCCUGGCAGGCAGCACCUGAUGGCUGUCCCUGUGUCCCCUCAGGGGCAGCUGCACUGUCGGGCGCCGUCACCUCCGCCGUCAUUGUCUUCGAGCUGACGGGGCAGAUUUCACACAUCCUGCCCGUCAUGAUUGCCGUCAUCCUGGCCAAUGCCGUGGCCCAGAGCCUCCAGCCCUCUCUCUACGACAGCAUCAUCCGCAUCAAGAAG